CAAAAACCAAACAUUUUUCUGUCCAAUUCUCAGUACUUUUUGACAUUUUCCUACCCCGUGUAGUGUUCAACCAGGAAACCAGCGUGCAACUUUAAGUAAAUAGUCAUUAAAUAUAUCCCCAAAAGACAUAUUUUCAUUUUAAGAAAGUGCAGCUAUGGGGACUAUUUUAUACUUUUUUGGACAACAGUGGAGUUCUAUGACUUCCGUUAUAUUGGCUAGAUGGACAGUAAAUGUUCGUAGGAUAAAUUCGUUGAGAGUUGGACAGUUGGUUUUUUCAUAGGAUGUGUUGGAAAAAUUCAAAUUACUGUUAUUCUUUAAGUACACUAAGUUAAUGCAAGGUGACUGUUGGGUAGAUUAGGUCUAAAUAAUACUCUAAAAACUGUAAUGUAACUUCUCCUUUGAAGUAUUUAGGCCCUCACAAUUCAUGAAAUUAUUAAUGCCAGCAUGCAUACUGUACAUUAGUCAUUUGUACUUUAUAGACUGUCCUUUAUAGAAGAGAGUCAUCUUAUAUAAUUUUGCUGUGUUAAAACAUCUGAUUUCAGCUGGUAUAGCCAGCUAAGCCAGUGCUGCUGUGAGGUCCAAGUGGUCUUCCAUCUGGACCUUCUCCAGUUGGGAAUGGUCAGUUCACUGCACCGACUUGGCUAAAAAAUAAACAGCUUAAUUGGUGACCUUCAGCUCUGGUGGUGGUGAAAACCUGUCAGUGGGAGUGAACAAAAAGUCAAUUGGCCAUCACCAUUUUUUCAUCUCUUAAACUCUGAACUCAGCAAGCUUGAACAGUGCCCAGUGAACAGAUCUGCAGAGCCCGCUCAGCCACUAGCUGCCUGUCCCACUGUUACCGGCUGAAGACAACCUCAUGAAAUGGUACAUGGUAGAUGUGAAUGGGCAAGGAAGGUGUGCGAUUGACUACACAUGCAAGGUCAAGGUUAAAGUAGCUCUUUACUCCUUGUGCCAUACUCAAGACCUCUCUGGAAGGCGAACCUGGCCAGCUGGUAUCCUGAUACGCCCUGGCAUUGUGGAGUUGGAGCAAGGGCACGGAGUGCUGAACAGAGCCCAUUGUGCACCAAAGAGAAGGAGUCGUCUGGAAGAAGGUUUGGGUUACCUGGAGGGAGAUGUGUAUUGUGGAACAGAAGAGAGCAGUGCUGGGCAAGGCCAACUGUUGGGCCAGAGAGGUUAGCCACUGGAAAUCAGGGGUUACAAACUGGGGAUUGGAUGGCUUCCAGUCUGAACCUACCUGAAUGGAAGCCCAGGACCUCUCUUUGAAAGGUCAAGAUUGAUGGGACCACAGCGCAGAGUAAGCUGGAUAUAUGUGUCAUUAUCUCAUAGGAUCUCUCCAUUGGCCAUUGAGGCGAUUUGGUUUCUCAUGCUUAGAACAGGUAAGUGGGUUAGUAAGAAUUCGGCCAACAGAGAAAUUCUUAACACCAAAAAUAAUGUUGACGCCUUUUAUUUUUUCAAAAAUUAAGAACUUACUGACUGCAGACAGAUGCCCACGAAUCAUCUUGCGAGGUUGUAGAGGUAGUAAUGGUAUACGUAUUGCUGUGGUCCUUGUGGGGGGGUGGUGGGGUCACUGAAUCCAGGGGUAAUAAAAAAAUAAAAGACCUUGCAGUCCUAUCAUGUAAUUUCAAUAAAAUAACUUUAAAAAAUUGUUUACAAUCUUAAGUCCAAUGUGCUGAUCAAUAUUAUAAUCAAAUUCCAGGUCUAUAUGUGUUGCCAACAGCACAAUUCCAUACUCUCACUUGGCUAUUUAGGCGGGCUGAGUCACUGCAGCCUUAUCCUCUCACCAUUGUGUCUUUCCUGUAAAGCUAACGGGGCCUAGUGUGUCAGCAGUGUGAGAAACGGGUGUCUAUUGAUCCAUCACCCCCCAUCUCCCAUGUCUUCUCCAUCAAGGCACGUCCCUGGCACUGAUCCAACAUAGGAUGAGCUGGUCCGGAGAAGCAAGCCUUUUGGGACCUUGUUUUUUUUUCUCCCUCUCUUUUAGAGUUAGGAUGUGGUAUUUGUGAAUUUGCAAAACAAGGAGUUGCAGGUGUAAAAGAAUCCGUCAUUAAUAGGACUCUUGGUCAAUAGAAGACCAGUGCUAGUCUUCAGUCCCACUGCCUUUCACACAUCCUGCUCUCCUGGGCUCCUGUUACCACCACUAUCCUUCCCACAAAGGCCUGUCUGACUCUCAUCUCUUCCCAGCCUUUAUCAGCUGGGAUUCACCUGUGAUUUCCCCCCUGAAGAUUGAUGUAAUCUUGCCGGAAUCUAUGGUAAUGAGCUCCUGUUUUUUUUUUUUUUUGUGCGUGUUGCAAAUGAGACCGUCUUAAUUAGAGGGGGAAAUGGCAAGAAAGGACACACAGUGUGUUCCAGGUGACUCAUGUUAAUUCUGUAACUCGAUCUUUUUUUAAAAAAAGAAGCCAGUUUUGCUUUUUUAUGGCCCCAGAGUGAGUGUGGCUCUGUGCUUUUUGCUCAUAAGGCAAGAUUUCGCAAUAAAGACCAUGCCCUACUGGGAGCGUAGUUGGGGGAAUUAGGUUUAAAUCCAACAGGCUGACAUUUCUUUCAGAAAUCCUCUUUGUUCAAACAGUUCUACCUUCCGUGCUUGGAAGAAAAUAAGGUCUGGUUUCAACGUAGCGUAAUGUCCCUCCUCUCUCUCUCUCUCUCUCUCUCUCUCUCACUCUUGAUACACACUCAACUUACCCCACUCACCCACCCCUGUCUACUGCCCCCCCCCACAAAAAAAACUGAUCUCAGAUUAAGUUAAACACUAUCCCCAUGAAAAAAGGAGCACCACUCCACAGGAACACAUCCCAGCUCUGCAACAGGCUUCACUCUCUCGCCUUCGUUUCGCUUCCUCUUUCUGGGACUUCUUUCUCCUCCCUUUGAAAUCCACCAGUCAGCCUCAGGCUGGGAUUCAUUCCUAGGUUUAUUUUUUGGCUUCUGCGUUUGCCGGUUAAUCCGAAGGAAGUGGACGAACAGCAUCUCCGCGCUCGGGCUCUGGCUGCCUUUUCUCCACCCCUCCUCAUCCUCCCCCAGUCCACCUCUGCUCUUUUAAGCUUGUGGAUGUUACCCACUUUAAUGGGAGCGGGGUCAGUGGUACUGGGGACCUGGUGACAGGGAGCGGUUCGCGCAUUUGUCCUCAUAAGCAGGAUGGUCAAACCAAGCACUCGUCUUGUUCUCAUCCACCUUGUCUACAUCCUGGCUCCCAAAGGAGCCCUUUCUCAGGAUAUCCUGUACCCCUUUGGACAGGCCUAUAGGGACGCUGAGACCCCCAAAAUGGACGAUGGCAGUUCUACAGAGCUGUUCCUACUCAUACCCUUUGUCUUCUUCAAUGUCCCCCAUCGUUCCAUUUAUAUCAACAACAACGGCGUGAUCUCCUUCAACGUGCAGGUCAGCCAGUUCACUCCCGAGGCCUUUCCCUUGACUGACAGUCGGUCCUUCAUAGCACCGUUCUGGGCGGACGUGCACAACGGUAUCCGCGGUGAUGUGUAUUACCGCGAGAGCACCGAGCCGGACAUCCUGGAGAGGGCCUCACAAGAUGUCCGCAAAUACUUCAAGAACAUGCCCUCCUUCCGGGCCACCUGGACAUUCAUCGCCACCUGGCACCAGGUCACUUUUUAUGGUGGGAGCCAGACCACUCCGGUGAACACCUUCCAGUGUGUACUCAUUUCUGAUGGUGUCUUAUCCUUUGCCAUGUUUAACUAUGGGGAAAUAACAUGGAGCACUGGGACAGCCAGUGGGGGGGACCCCUUGACUGGAUUGGGUGGCACCACAGCACAGUCAGGUUUCAAUGGUGGCGACAUCGGUCAUUUCUUUAAUCUUCCGGGGUCACGCUCAAAUGAUGUUGUCAACAUCGAGCUGACCACCAAUGUCAACAUGCCUGGGCGCUGGAUCUUUCGCGUUGACACAGAUCAGAUAGACCCAGCAAACGGCUGUAGCUUCAAUGGCCGCUUUUACAGGCGCGGGGAGGUCUUCUGGCUGUCAGAUCGGUGCUCCCAGCGCUGCCGCUGCCUGGAUCUGGGGAACGAGGUGAUCUGCCGGGAGGCGCUGUGUGGCCAGCUGGAGACCUGCGAGCAGCUUGAGGGGGCGUACCACUGCCAGCCCACCAGGACCAGCACCUGCGUGGUGUUCGGCGACCCGCACUACCACACCUUCGACGGCUUCCUGUACCACUUCCAGGGCACCUGCUCCUACCUGCUGGCGCGGCCCUGCUGGGAGGUGGCGGGGCUGCCCUCCUUCAGCGUGGAGGCCAAGAACGAGAACCGCGGGGUAACCUCCGUCUCCUGGCUGCGUGACAUCACCGUGGAGCUGUACGGCCACCGCGUCACCUUACCAAAAGGAAGUCUGGGCACUGUGCAGGUAGACGGCCUGAUGAAGACGCUGCCAGUGCAGCUGCAGCUGGGAGCUGUGCGCGUGUACCAAUCGGGCGUAGCAGUAGCCCUGGAGGCGGACUUUGGGCUACUGGUGACGUACGACGGACAGCACUAUGCCUCCAUCUCGCUGCCCAGCUCCUACUUCAAUAACACCUGCGGCCUGUGCGGUAACUAUAACGACGACCCCGCCGAUGACCCCGUCCUGCCCGACGGCUCCCUGGCGGAGACCGUGGUGGAGCUGGGCGGCGGCUGGCACGUGGAGGACGCCGACUGGCGCUGCACGGACGGCUGCGCCCACAACUGCAGCCUCUGCGACCCCGCCACCGAAUCCUUCUACUUCCGGCCCGACUACUGCGGCCUGAUCAACAAGACGGACGGGCCGUUCAGGGACUGCCGCAGCGUGGUGGACCCCACCGCCUUCGUCUACAGCUGCGUCUACGACAUGUGCAGCAACCGCGACAACAUCACCACGCUCUGCCAGGCCAUACAGGCCUACGCCCUGGCCUGCCAGGCCCUGGGGGUCACCAUCCGCUCCUGGAGGUCACGCUCCUUCUGUGCUCUGGCGUGCCCGGAGUACAGCAGCUACCAGGUGUGCACCAGCAGCUGCCCGGCGUCCUGCUCCGACCUGACCGCUCACCUCUACUGCGCCCACCCCUGCACCGAGGGGUGCCAGUGCGACGAGGGGCACGUCCUGAGCGGCAGCCACUGCGUCCGGAGGGAGGACUGCGGCUGCGAGCGGGACGGGCUCUACUACCCGCGAAACGAGUCCUUCUGGGCGGGCUCGCCCGGGGAGUGCUCCCAGCGCUGCGUGUGCGGGCCCGAGGGCGAGAUCUCCUGCUUCGACGACGCGUGCGAGGAGGGGGAGGUGUGCGCCGCCGAGCAGGGCUGGCUGGGCUGCUACCCCCGCCGGGAGAGCGCCUGCUUCCUGUCCCAGAGCCAGGUGCUGUCCACCUUCGACGGGACCCCCCUCUCCUUCCCCGAGGAGAACUCCUACUUCCUCCUCAAGUCCUGCGGGGUGGGGGUGGGGCCGGGGGCGGCGGCCCGGAACCUCUCCACCGUGGAGGUGAAGAUCGGACGCAGGCUGGUGAACAAAGGCCCCGGCUGGGUGCGGCCCGUGGUCGCCAGGCUGGGGCCCCUGGAGGUGCAGCUGGGGGGGUCGGAUUUUAACAUGGUCAAGCUCAAUUCGGAGCCCAUCCAGCUGCCGUACGUGCACCCCCUGGAGACCCUGCUGGUGUACCGCGCCCCCGGCAACGCCACGGUGGUGGAGUGGACCGGCCUGGUGCGGCUCCAGUACGCGCGGCAGGGCCUGCUCAACGUCACCAUCUCCACGCGCUUCUACAACGCCACCUGCGGCCUGUGCGGCUACCUGAACGGAAACGCCUCGGACGACCUGCGCCUGCCCAACGGGCGGCAGGCCGAGAGCGCCGAGCUCUUCGCCGAGGGCUGGCGGGCCAUCGCCGACGACCUGACCUGCAACGGCGACUGCGAGGACCUGUACCGCGUGUGCGUGGACCUGCGCCUCUACCAGAGCCCCUGGCUCUGCGGGAACAUCAACGACCCCGGCAACAGCUCCUUCCUGGCCUGCCACGACGCCGUCAGCCCCUCCCCCUUCUUCCGCAACUGCCUGUACAACAUGUGCGUGCGCGAGGGCAACCGCUCCGCCCUCUGCUCCUCGCUGCAGGCGUACGCGUCCGCCUGCCAGGACGCCCAGAUCAGCCUCGGCGCCUGGAGGAGCGCCACCAGCUGCCCCCUGCCCUGUCCUGAGAACAGCCAUUUUGAGGAGUGCACCACGGCCUGCCCGAUGACCUGCACCAACCUGGAGCCGGAGAGGCCAUGCCCGCUGCCCUGCUCCGAGGGCUGCCAGUGCGAGGACGGGUAUGCCCUGAAGGAGGGCCAGUGUGUGCCCAAGAGCGACUGCGGCUGCCUCCACCGGGGCCGGCACAUGGCCACCAACGAGACCUUCUGGAUGGACUGGGAGUGCGAGGAGCGCUGCUUCUGCAACGGCUCCGACAACCGCGUCUACUGCCACGUCGCCCCCUGUGGCCCGGAGGAGUACUGCACGGAGAACAGCGGGCUGUACUUCUGCCAGCCCCGUACCGAGGCCGUGUGCAUCGCCGCGGGAUACGGCCACUUCCUGCCCUUCGGUGGGAUGCCCUUUGAGCUGCAGAGCAGCUGCUCCCUCCGGCUGGUCUCCACCGACUGCGGGAGGGAGGAGGACGACGACGAGGGGGCGGGCGCAGGGCUGGGCGAAGGGGACUCGGACGCGGGCGACAUCUUCCCGCAUUUUGUGCUGUCGGCGAGGAACGAGGACCGCGACACCGGACAAGCCAUCUGGGUGAAGGGGUUCGUCCUGGAGGUGUACAGUUACGAGAUCGAGGUGUCUCGCAGUUACAAACACACCGUCACGGUGAACAAGGAGCGGCUGUACCUUCCUCUGAAGCUGGGCCCGGGGAGGGUCAACAUGUUCACGUUCGGGCUGCAGCUCGUUCUCGAGACCGACUUCGGGCUCAAGGUGGCCUUCGACUGGAACACCCUGCUGCUGCUGAGCCUCCCGCGCAGCCUCUACGGCGCCACCUGCGGGCUGUGCCAGGGACUGCCCCCGGCGCCCCCGCUCCUCACCCCCACCGAGUGGGGCAUGGCCUGGGCGGAGAGGGACACCUUCUGCCAGGUGGGCUGCGGGGACACCUGCCCCCGCUGCGGCCUGGUGGAGCGGGGGCUGGCCGCCGACGGCGACCUGGCAGUGGAGACCGACGACGGCAACGACGACAACCACGGCAAGCGGUUUCACCUGGGAGACGGGCUGUACGGUUACGUGGAGCCGGAAGCGGUCCGGCUGUGCGGGCUGAUCGCUGACCGUCGGGGAGUGUUCUCCCGUUGCCAUAGCAAAGUGCCCCCGGCCUACUUCUACCAGAGCUGCCUGCAGGACACCUGUUUGGACCAGGGAGCCGCAGAAACUAUCUGCAAUUGGCUGCAGAUCUACGCCAGCGCCUGCCAAACCCAAGGCAUCCCUGUGAUUGGCUGGAGGCAGGCUACUCCUUGUGUGCUGACAUGCCCGGCGAACAGCCACUACGCCAGCUGCAUGACGGUGUGCCAGCCGCAGUGCGCCCCCGCGCGCGGGCAGCGGGAGUGUAACCACUACUGCGUGGAGGGCUGCCAGUGCGACCAGGGCUACGUCAUCAACGGCAAGAGCUGCAUCCUCAACCAGAACUGCGGCUGCUACACCGACGGCAAGUACUACGAGCCCAAGCAGCUCUUCUGGAACAGCGACUGCACCAAGCGCUGCCAGUGCAUCGGGCGGAACCUGAUCCAGUGCGACCCGCGCCGCUGCAAGGCGGAGGAGGAGUGCGCCCUGCGGCACGGCGUGCGGGGCUGCUUCGCCCGCCGCAGCCAGCACUGCGUGGCCUCGGGCGGCGGCGUCUUCCGCACCUUCGACGGCGCCUCCCUGCGCCUCCCCGCCUCCUGCUCCUUCGUCCUCUCCACCAUCUGCCACAAGCUCCCCGAGCUCUCCUUCCAGCUCAUCGCCAACUUCGACAAGUGGAGCACGCCCAACCUCACCACCAUCUCCCACGCCUACCUCUACAUCAACGAGGAAAACAUCCUCAUCUCCGGCACCACUGUCAAGGUGAACGGCACGCCUGUGUCAGUGCCCUUCAUCACGGGCCUGAUGACCCGGGUCUCCACGUCGGAGGGCUUCCUGGUCAUCGACACGGUGCAGGACAUCCAGGUGCGCUACAACCGCUUCAACACCCUGACCAUCACCAUGGGGCCGCGGCUGCAGAACAAGGUGUGCGGCCUGUGCGGCAACUUCAACGGGGACCCCACCGACGAUUACAUCACUUCCCGCGGCAAGCCGGCGCUCAGCGCCCUGGAGCUGGCACAGAGCUGGAAGACCAACGGCAUGCAGAACAGCUGUGACGAGACUCAGUACGUGGCCCUGGCGCAGUCCUGCGACAACACGGCGGUGUCGGAGCUGCAGGGCGAGGACGGCUGCCAGAAGCUCACCCAGAUGAAGGGCUUCUUCCAGCCCUGCCACGGCCUGCUGGACCCCAAGCCCUUCUACCAGUCCUGCUACCUGGACGGCUGCUACAACCACCGCAAGGCCCAGGUCUGCGGCUCCCUGGCCGCCUACGCCGAGGCCUGCCGCUCCUUCGGAACGCUCACCACCAAGUGGAUCACUCAGGAGAACUGCUCAGAAUGGAUCUAUGACCCCUGCGUGGGAGAAAUCUGCAGUAACAACACCUGUGAUCAGGAUAACGGAGGAGACCUGUGUGGAUGUCCAGAGCUCCCCAGCAACGACAGCGGAGAAGAUGACAUCAUCCAAGCGGAGGUGACAUGUAAGCAUGCUCUGAUGGAGGUCUCCAUCUCCAAGUGCAAGCUCUUCCAGCUAGGGUUCGAGAGGGAGGACGUGCGUAUCAAUGACCAGCACUGCCCUGGGAUCGAGGGCGAAGACUUCAUCUCCUUCCAGAUCAACAACACGAAGGGCCACUGCGGCUCCAUCGUACUGUCCAAUGGCACUCAUAUUAUGUACAAGAACACGGUGUGGAUUGAGAGUGUGAACAACACAGGCAAUGUCAUCACCCGAGACAAGACUAUCAAUGUGGAGUUCUCCUGUGCCUACGAACUGGAUAUCAAGAUCUCCCUCGACACGGUGCUCAAGCCCAUGCUAAGCGUGAUCAACCUAACUCUGCCUACUCAGGAGGGUAAUUUCAUCACCAAGAUGGCCCUGUACAAGAACGCCUCGUACCGGCACCCGUACCGCGAGGGCGAGGUGGUGCUGAGCACGCGGGACGUCCUGUUCGUGGGCGUGUUCGUGGAGGGCGCGGACGAGCACCAGCUCAUCCUCAUUGUGAACAUGUGCUGGGCCACCCCUUCCCGCCACAGCAGCGACCGGCUGCGCUACAUCAUCAUCGAGAAAGGGUGCCCCAACAUCAAGGACAACACCAUCGGAAUGGCGGAGAACGGGGUGUCGCUCACCUGUCGCUUCCACGUCACCGUCUUCAAAUUCAUCGGCGACUACGAUGAGGUGCACCUGCACUGCGACGUCUCGCUCUGCGAUUCUGAGACCAACGCGUGCAAAGUGAACUGCCCUCACAGAAGGAGGAUGUACACAGACUACAGCGAGCAUAAGGAACAGAUACUCACAGUAGGACCAAUCAGACGGAGAGAGUCGGACUGGUGUGAGGAGAACAAUGGCGGCUGCCAGCAGAUCUGCACGAGUCAGGUGACCGGGGCGGCGUGCAGCUGCGUUACGGGGUCCCUGCAGAAAGACGGGAAAACCUGCCUGGCUACCAGUUCCAGCAACAGUGACCCUCGACCCCUGGUCUUCUUCCUGGUCUUCAGUGCUGUAGCAGGGAGGUUCCUGGUUCACAUACAGAACGGCUCCUCCUAGCCCAGGCCAAAUGGAGAGAGAGAGGUGUUGGUGAGAGAGAGAACGAGAGAGAGAGAGCACGAGAGAGCACGUGAGAGGAGACAAGCUGGGGAGUAGAACAUACUUACCAGAAGACAGCAGAGCCUGCUUUUCUUUCACAGAUACUGCCGCACCAUAAAAACAAGUAAAUAAAGAAAUAAACAAGUGAGCUUUGACACAGGGGAUCCCAGAAAACUGGAACACUGAGUAACAUUGUCACUCUUUCACUGGAAGAACCACAAAACUAUGCAUACCGCUACUCGUAAAACCUAGAGAUGUAAAAAUGACAGUAGGUUCAAUCCACUAGACAGAGUAUACGUUUCUGAGGACAGAUAGGGUAUGUAGUUUUUUUUGUGGGCUUGGGUGAGAAAGAGCAUUUGCCAGCCCAAAAACCAAAUACCCUUCAGUCACUGACCAGCAGGUCUUACAGCUGUGGCUGGAUGAAAAGACUGCCCCGGUCACUCUGAUUCGCUAGGUCAUGUUGUGGUAGCACUGGCAUAAAGUUGGUUUCAUGGACUACAAGAAAGUGGAAAUGAAAUCAUCAAUGAGGUCAUUACUCUUUAGUAUAGGGCUCAUAGCAAAAUAUUAAUAGGAAAGUAUGAAUGGCUGUAAAUAUCAUCCCCAUUUCACAGUAACCUGGUCUUAUAAGAGUCAUUCAGAACCAUGUAUGAGCCAGAAAUCUUAAUAUGGGCAGGAUUAAAAAAGCUACAAAUAAAAACAAUGAAAUAUGUGAAAUAUUCUGUAAAUGUUAUUUUACCAUUUCGAAAAUCUAAUUUCCUGAUGGGUGAUAAUGAUGUUGAUAAUAAUGAUGAGGAAACUCAGCUGCGAUGCAUUUCAGUUCAAAAUUCACAGAAAAAAAAGUAUCAUAUUUAAGUCAGUCUUUAUAGUGCCUCACAUCACCCCUGCACAGUGGUGGUUCUCCAAUUUUACAUUGUCUACAGAGGUCUUUUUGUGCAAAUGGGUGGUUCACCACUCCCUAACUGAGUCACUGUGGGAUUAUCUCAGUUCAGAUUACUCCCCUGCGCUCAGGGCACAGGUUCACUGCUCUGAGAAGGGAACUGUUCAUCACGUGUCCUUUAUGUACAAAUGUACAGGCAAAGUUUGUUGAUAUACUGGGGCCAGAAAUGAUCGGUGUCCCAUAUAUGAUUAAUUUUACUACAUUUUUUUAAGAAGGGAUGUGUAAAAAAAAAAAGUUUGCCAAGCUGUUAUCAGUUACAUGUUAUUGUUUCAAGGGUGGACCAACCAUUACAUUUUAGAGAGGCAAAAUGCAGGAUUCUUUCUAUAAUAAAACAAGCCACUUACACUGUU